UGUUUGUUGACAAAGAACGAAAAGUGAAUGACAAAUUGUGUUGACAUUUAACGAUAAGUAGCAAUGGAUAAACUAUGGAAAAAGUCUGCUCUCCCUAGCGUUGAAGAUAUUGCAAAAGAGAUUUCUGUCAGGAAAAAUUUAACUUCAGAACUUUCUAAAUCAAUUCAUGCUAUCCAGGAACAAAGUUUGAAAAAAUCUGUUGUAACUGAUGACGAAUCUUCUACUGGUUUAUGUAAUGUUUUAGAAGCGAUAUUUAUUCACGGCUUGAAAGACAAGUUCAUUCGGAAAAUGUCUGCUGUAUUUGGCAGUAAUCCUGAAAAAAUUCCAGAACCUCAAUUUUGGACAGCAGUAUGUAAUUUUAGUCACAAAAAUGUAAUCUCAGAAAUAUACAGUUUCAAGCAAGUCACAUCUGAUGUUGGCCGAGGUCGUGCUUGGUUGCGGGCAGCUUUAAAUGAUGGAUUAAUUGCUAGCUAUGUCAGUAAUAUGUUGUCGGAUAAAUCUGGUUUGCAGAAACACUAUAAUAAUUCUGCUUAUCUUCGUGAUGAGGAACAGUCAGAUAUCAUGAAAUCGUUAUUAGAAGGCUUAACUGAAGUGAAGUUUGAAUUGUCUUGCAACAGCGACUCUUUAAAUGUGUGGCAUAGUAUACCCUUGACCUUAGCUGAUAUUUGGACUCCUCCUGUAACGCCACAACCUGUUAUGCCAGCUGUAGAUGUGAUAGAUUUUUUUACUGAUCCAAAGAAUCAAAUGAAAAGCUCUCCCAAAACUAAAAAAACAUUUGUCGUGGAAAGCUUGCCAACAAGUGAUUUGGCAGAGUCAUCUAAUAAUAAUCUUUCUAAUCCGCAAAGUGAUAUUCAGCCUCCAAGUGAUAAUAAAACUUCAGAAGAAAAACAGAUAGAAGAAUCCAUUGAAAUUUUAAGUGAAGAAAAUCCUCAAGAUAAUAAUCCUGCUUUAAGCAGUUCUCUACCUGAUCAAAGUGAUAUGAACUGUAUAAUUUCAAGUUUAGAAAAUCUCGACAAAUCACCGGAACAAAAUUCUGAGGAAAUCAGUUCAAAAGUUUCUUCAUCAGAUUCAGUUCCAGAUUUUGGCAUAGAAAUCAUAGAUGAUUUUUCUGAGCACUUUGGGUCUGUUGGUAACAAGCUAUCUGAGCGUUCAGGCUGGUCCUCUUCGUUUGACUGUGAUAAAGAUUCUGGAAAUGGGGAAGCAAAUCAAAGUUAUGAUUCCUUAUUACAGAGCUAUAAUAAAAACUUGAACAAAGUUGUGAUUGGAACACCAGACUUAGCUGAUACAUUUUCAUCUGUGAUGAAGUCAAGGGAUGAUGAUAGUAAUUAUUCACCAGAUGAUGCAAAGUCUCCUGAUUCUGAUUUUGAGAUUGUUCCAAAAUAUCUUGCUGUUGAACAUGCAGAUGGAGAAACAAAGAAACUCAUGGAAAUAGUUGGGAGGCUUUGUCCUGAAAAAGGUUUGAAUGCUCAAGAUUUCAAGUGCAAUUCUUGUGGCUGUCCCAUUGGUGUGAUUUAUGGAAAAUCUAGGCUGUGCUAUUACGACGGUUACAAUUAUUGCUACGAAUGCCAUGAAAAUGAUGUUGAAUUUAUUCCUGCUCGUGUGGUGCAUAAUUGGGAUUUCAACAAAUAUCCUAUUUCUAAACGUGCUAAGAUAUUUAUUUCUCAAAUAGAAAAAGAUCCAUUACUAGAUAUAAAAGUGUUAAAUCCGGCUGUUUAUACAGCCAUUGAAGAAAUGGCACAGAUGCAGUUACUAAGAACGCAGUUAACUUUUUUGUAUGGUUAUAUUUGUACUUGCAAAGCAUCUAUUGUAGAGGAAUUAAGGAAGAGGGUUUGGCCUAGAGAAUACUUAUAUGAACAUGUUCACUUGUAUUCUGUGUCAGACCUGUUGGAAAUAGCUUCAGGGGCCCUUGCACAGUUUCUUAUGAAAGUAAUUGCUUUUGCCAGAAAGCAUGUGUUAAAUUGCCAGCUUUGUGUUGGGAAGGGUUUUAUAUGUGAAAAAUGUGAUAGUGAUAAACCAAUUUUUCCUUUUGAUGUUGAAACCACUUACCGUUGCGACAAAUGUCUUGCCGUAUAUCAUGACACAUGUAUGAAUGUAAGUAUGUGUUGUCCUAAAUGUGAGAGAAUAAAGAAAAGACAGCAGUUAUUGGAAGAUGCUUCAAUUGAUUAAAUAAAGCAUCUCUUUUGUCAUUGUACCAAACUUAUUAUCUAGGAUUUUUGAGUAAUUGUAGUUUUAGCCAUGUGGCAAGUGUCCAUCUGAUGCAGCACAAACAGAAGUUAAACUAAAUUUAAGUUUUUAGUCCUUUUCUGUUAAUUUGAUGGCAGUAUUUAGCAAGCAUAAAAUAUCUCUUUUCUAUUACCUUGAUGAUCACUGUAAUCUUGGUAACUUAAGUGUAGCAAUUUUGAGUUACAAAAGAUUUUUUUUUUACCAACUUUAAUACACAUGGAUGCUAAAUUUUGUAUAUUUACUAUGCAAUUUGAUUGCUGACAGGUUAGCAGAACAGCACUUCAUUUACUAUCUCUAAAAGAUUUAUUGAUAUCAUUAAAACCUGAUCUAAAUACAAUUUUUUUUAAAAAAAUCUCACUACCGCUGAUAAAUAAUUAUUAAUAAGAUUUCUGAAGUUAAUGGUAGUUACGUAUGUUUUUUGAUGUAACUCUUUAAAACAAUUCUUUGUAAUGGGGAUGAUAGCUUUUUGUCACCAAAUCCUUAAAGCCUUGUUCUCAAAUGAGAUAUAAAAUUCGUUACAAACUUGCUACAUUAAGAAGAUGAUUUUUUUUUUUUUUUUUUUUUUUAAUGUUAAGCUCUGCUAUAGCUUUAGAAGCAUACUUUACACUUCAAAAGAACUCACAAUUGAUAUUGAGAUUGCAGGUUUAAAUUUUAAAAUAGUUCCUUUAUAAGCAAUAGACCAAAAAUUUAUAUUCACAUCCAACAGAGAGUCACCCCAGCUAGUUUCUGGCUUAGUAAUUUUUUUUCUGAGAAAAAAAAAAUCUUUCAAUGAUUAAGAAGUAAAAUUAAAUAUUCCCAGUAUUUUAUUUUGGAUACU